CCGUCAUCGCCAUUCCCUCUUCCAUUUCAUUUUCAACCACUGCUUCUCCCAUUCUCCUCUUCCGCCAUGGCCAUGGACCUCUCUCCCUCCUCAGCCCUUUUCUCUUCUCUUCUCGCCGGAAACCCCCAUCUCCGUCCCAUCCGCCCCCUUCCUCUCAGAAUCGCCAUACCCACAUCCUCCUCCACUCGCACCCUCCACUCCUGGCAUCGUCAUUUUGCUGUUUCAUUGCCAAGAGCAGCAGCCUCUGAUGAUUCAAAUGGAUCUAGUUCAUUCUUUACUGAAGAGCGGGAUAGUGUGACGGUCUUGGAAGAUUCUCCUUCUGUUUCUUCAGUCGCUCUGGAAGAUUCUCCUGCUGAGAAGCUCCCAUCGGAAGUACCUAAAGAAGAACCAGUUGAGGAUGUGCCGGUGGUAACCCUUGAGGAUUCUUCUCCUGCUGGGAAGGUCGAAACUGUGGCAUCCGAAGAACCUAAAGAAGAAGCAGUUGAGGGUGCGCAAGAACAGGGGUUUGAAUUAUUGAAUGAUUUUAAACUGGAGUCUGUUGAUACAUACAGUCUUAUCCUAUAUGGUGCUGGUGCUUUCUUUGGCAUUUGGUUGGUUUCCGCCGUUAUUGGUGCUGUUGAUUCUAUCCCAUUGGUACCAAAGUUGUUGGAAGUAGUGGGGCUUGGUUACAGUGUGUGGUUCACUGCUCGCUAUUUGUUAUUCAAGGAAAGUAGAGAUGAAUUGGCUGCCAAGAUUGAUGAGGUAAAGGAGCAAGUUCUUGGUUCAGAUUGAUGACGACCAAUAUGGUCUGAAAUAUUUCUCCACCAUACAUAGGUAGGUAGUUAGAUAAGAUAGCUGGAUGUGCUGAUGAGCAUAUAUUUAUAUAGUUGAUGAUUACAUUCUCUCUCUAAACUAUUACAUUGAUUGAAUAUUAUUCAUUUAAUAUAGGAAUAAUGAAAAUCUUUUCAUUCUACUA